GCCUUGCCGCCGAUUCCAGAUCGAUUCCGGAGUCUUGAAACCCUGUACGUUAGGUUAGGGUACCGGCAGUUUUCUUCCCGACCAUUCCGUUUCAUCAUCGAUCAAAGAGCAAGACGGAACGGACGCUACGAAGACUUUAAUUCAUUCCUUCAUCCUCUCUGGCCUCUGCCCACAACUUCUUCCUCUUCUCUCUCUGUCUCUUGCCCCUCUGCCUGCCUGCCUGCCUGCCUGCCUGCCUUCCUUCCUUCCUUCCUUCCUUCCUUAGCUAGCUGUUUAUAUAAGAAAGCAUAAUUGUUUUUCUUUUUAAAUUAUCUCAAAAUCUCACAUUUUUUUUUUCUGUUUAUAUGUAAUUUGUCGGUGAUUCUUUCUUCUCAUCAUUAAAGUUUGUUUUGGGGUUCUUCCUGUUACACUGAAUCAUCCUAUUGAAAUUUAUUUGUUUUGUUCUAUUUUGUCCAUUUUGUUCUUCUGUUCGUUUUCUUACCAAUCAAAUCCGCAGCAAGCGAAGGUCGAAUGCCAGUGCGUCAUUGAGACUAUAGAGGGGUGUUAGCGAGAUGAUGAAUCAAGGUUGCGUCACUAAUACUGUUGCUGAAAAGGACCCCAAUAUGCUUGAGAAAUGUCAUACAAGUGGACAGGCAUCUGCUUCUUUAACUCCUGGACAUUUUCUUCUGCCCUCGGCAACUGGUUCUACAGCUGUAUCAUGGACCAUGCACAGGACGGAUUAUAGCACUUCUGAAAAUGGACUUAUUCCGAGUUCCACCUAUCAUCAUAAUCAGCAGACAGAGCCGCUUUCAAGGGAGGUGCAAGAUGGAUUGAAUGCUCUGUCAAAUGCCUCUACUUCAUCUAAUUUGGAGGCAGCAAAUGGACCACAAGAAUAUGCUGGAUAUUCAUCAUAUACAAGUUCUGCUGAUGCUUAUGGUUAUGGAAACACAGGAUAUCAGAAUGGUUAUUAUUACAACUAUCCACAGCAAACAACCCAUUCAUACUCUCAACAAGGGGGAGUAUAUGAACAUUCAGGUGCUCCUUAUCAGCCUCUUAACUCAUUUCAGAAUACAGGGCCUGCAAGUUAUACAAGCACUUACUACAAUGCUACUGAUUAUCAGACAACUGGAGGUUACCCGAGCAACGAGUAUAAUAAUCAGACUAACACUUGGAAUCAAGGGUCCUAUGCACAUUUUCAUUCUCAUCAGUAUUCAGCCUACACUUCAGAUUCUAAUGGUACUCAAAGUUCUAGUACUGUAGCUGCAACGCCACUCCAUUAUCAGCAACAGUAUAAGCCGUGGGCAGAUUAUUACAAUCAAACGGAUGUUUCCUGUGCUCCUGGGACAGAGAAUAUUUCUGUUACCAGUGCAGUUCCUGGUGCCACAGGUGGAUAUACAUUUUUAAACAGCCAGCCUCCACCACCUGGUACAACAUCUUGGAGACCAGAACCCAGUUCAUCUGAAUUGCCUUCUUUGCAGCAGGCUGGUGCAGUAGCAGGUGAUGCUCACAAUUUUUAUUGGAAAAAUGGAACUUCAGGAAUCCAAAAUCAUGUCAAUCCAAUUCCAUCAUACUUCCAAAAGCCUUUGAAUCCAAAUCCACUUCCAUAUGAUAGCUCCCAAGAUCAGCAGAAGACUGUUUGUCCUCAGGAUUCCAAUCUACAAUAUGCUGCUAGCAAUCAGGUCCCUCAGAAUUAUCAACCACCCUUGCAAAAUUUUCCAACUCUGGAUACACAUCGGGUAAGCAAACUGCAGAUUCCAACAAACCCUAGAAUUGCUUCAAAUUUGGGCUUGAACUUGCCAAAAACCGAUAAGGAUAGCUCUACAACCAAUGCAGUGGCAAAGCCAGCUUAUAUCAGUGUCUCAAUGCUGACGUCUGAUAACAGUGUGCCCUCUGAUGAUGCUUCUGAUUCCAUGCUCAAGCCUGGUAUAUUCCCUACAUCUCUGCGUGCUUAUGUGGAAAGGGCGUUGGGCCGUUGCAUUGAUGAUUCACAAAAGGCUGCAUGUCAAAAUAUAAUGAAGGAGAUGAUUACAAAAGCAUCUGCUGAUGGUACACUUUAUACACGAGACUGGGACACUGAACCUCUUUUCCCAUUGCCGGAUAUGCAUGUGGUCAAUAAGGAUGGGCAGAGUUCUGGGGCUGUCUCUUCACUACCGAAGUACAAAAGUCCAAGUAGGCGUACCAAAAGCAGGUGGGAACCUAUAUCAGAGGAGAAGUUGGUUGAGAAACUGGCAUCUGUCAAUCAUGUUUUCGUGAAAGAGUCAUCUAGCGGAAUAUGUGAGAGAAAAUAUGAUGGUUGGAAUAAUUCCAUCCCUUCAUUGCAACAGCAAACUCCAAGUAAAAAUUCUCAGAGGCCUGUUAAGAAGCUGCGGCUUGGUGAUACUCUUGGUGCUGCUGAAAAUGAUGGUGCUUCGAGUGAGAGUGAUAAGGAACAGGGUUUGACAGCAUAUUAUUCAAGUGCAAUAGCACUUGCAGAUUCUCCAGAGGAAAGGAAAAGGCGUGAAAAUCGUUCAAAGAGAUUUGAGCCACAUGGACAUCGAGCAUACGUCAAGCACUUUCGGCAAAAGGCUGUUGGAGCUAGAAGUUUUUAUUCUAGAAGGGCUAGUGUUCUGGAGCUUAGCAGAAGCUAUGAAGAUAGCAGCAACAGGGCUGUAGAAGAUAUUGAUUGGGAUUCGCUUACUGUCAAAGGAACCUGUCAGGAAAUUGAGAAGCGCUAUUUGCGCCUUACUUCUGCACCUGAUCCUGCAACUGUUAGACCAGAAGAAGUGUUAGAAAAAGCUCUCCUAAUGGUUCAAAAUUUUCCAAAAAACUACCUCUACAAAUGUGAUCAGUUGAAAUCGAUUCGUCAGGAUUUGACCGUACAGAGGAUACGCAAUGUACUGACUGUUAAGGUGUAUGAAACACAUGCACGUUUGGCACUGGAGGCUGGGGACCUGGCAGAAUAUAAUCAGUGCCAAUCACAACUGAAAAGCCUUUAUGCAGAAGGAAUCAAGGGAUGCAAUAUGGAAUUUUCUGCUUACAACUUACUUUGCGUUAUCUUGCAUUCGAAUAACAACAGAGAUCUUUUAUCAUCAAUGGCAAGAUUAUCAGAUGAAGCAAAAAAGGACGAGGCUCUCAGGCAUGCUCUUGCAGUCCGUGCAGCAGUUACAUCGGGGAACCAUGUCCUGUUCUUCAGGCUGUACAAGAUGGCUCCCAACUUGAACACCUGCCUUAUGGAUCUCUACGUCGAGAAGAUGCGGUUUGAGGGUGUGAGAUGCAUGUCUCGUGCCUAUCGCCCUACACUUCCUGUUGCAUACAUUGCUCAGGUCCUAGGCUUCAGAACUGGCUCGCCAACAACAGAAGGAAGUGAAGAAAAAGACAUGGACGGAUUGGAGGAAUGUGAGGAAUGGUUGAGGGCCCAUGGUGCGUGCCUUAUCACAGACAACAGCGGAGAGAUGCAGCUGGACACAAAGGCUUCCUCUUCCACCCUUUACAUGCCGGAACCUGAAGAUGCUGUUGCACAUGGGGAUGCAAAUCUUGCUGUUAAUGAUUUUCUGACACGAACAUCAUGAAGGCUAUGUUGGUUGUAUUGUAUUCUUUUAGGGCAAGAGAAUGCAACCUGCUUGCGUAGCCACUGUGCCAACAUGCAGACCAAUGAGAGUCCACGCGGAGACAUCUUCAGCGCAUGGGGCGUGCGGUGGGAAAGCACAGCCUUUUCAUGCCCAGCUGUGUCUAGGUGCAGACACACAAGCGGAUAACUUUCUUUUUCCCUUUUAUUCCUUUUCAUAUUUUUUUGACAGUUUGCUAGGCUAACUGGUGUAUUAAUUAAUGCAAGUAUCAAUCCAGAAGCUUGGUGAAGCAAUAAAUGUGAAGAAGGUUUAAAAGUUUGCUUCCCAUGGCGUCUCUGCAGCAGCAGUUGUUCCAGCCAUGCUGCGUGUAAUAUUUUAGAGGAUAUAGGAUGUAAGAGGUGAAAAAAGCUAAAUGAGAAGGAGAUUGGUCCCUUGAUAGAAA